UGUAAAGUUAAGGAUUUGGCACUAGGGUCCCUCCUAGAGUGCUGCCCAAAUCCUUGCAAGCAGCUAAUCAAAGACACUUUGCAGGGGGGUAGUUUUUGAGCCGGUUUUGGCCAGCUUUGGAUUUUAAAGCUCCAGUGUGAUCUGCACCUCAGAUAUACUGAGCUGUACUGCAAGAGCUGCUUGUAGACUGGGACCUAUUCUCCUGUGCUGGAUGUAAACAUGAAUGUUGGAACCUUGGUGAACUUUGUGUGGGCUUCCUCUCUCUUCAGCCUCCUAGCCGCUGUGCCCGCCUCCGUAAGCCAGAAGAAUUAUCCCUCGUCGUCGUCCUCUUCCUGCAAGUUGAAGCCAGCUGCAUCAGAAAAACGCUGCAGGUCUCCAGAUGGAUUAAUAUGUAGUGGCAGGGGCACAUGCGUCUGUGGAGUUUGUAUGUGUGAAGUUAAAGAAACCGGCAAGUACUAUGGGCCAUUAUGUGAGUGUCAGGACUGGGUAUGUCACACCUACGAGGGACAAACAUGUGCAGGACAUGGAUCGUGUGACUGUGGAAAGUGUCAGUGUGAUGCUGGCUGGUCAGGAGAAGCGUGUCAAUAUCCAACCACUUGUGACUUGACCCGGAAGGAAAGUAACGAGAUGUGCAAGAAUUCUCAAGGCAUUAUUUGUUCUAACACAGGGUCAUGCAUAUGUGGGAGGUGUGAAUGUCUGCUUUUAGAAAAAAGUGGACUGAUUUAUGGAAAGUUCUGUGAAUGUGACGAUAGAGAAUGUAUUGAUGACGAAACGGAUGAGAUCUGUGGAGGCCACGGGAAGUGUUACUGUGGAAACUGCUACUGUGAGGCUGGUUGGCAUGGAGAUAAAUGUGAAUUCCAGUGUGAUAUCACCCCAUGGGAGAUCAAGAAAAGAUGCACAUCGCCAGAUGGCAAAAUCUGCAGCAACAGAGGAACAUGUGUGUGCGGAGAAUGCACAUGUCAUGAUGUAGACCCAACUGGUGACUGGGGAGAUAUUCAUGGUGACACCUGUGAAUGCGAUGAAAGGAACUGCAAAUCAGUGUAUGAUAGAUAUUCGGAUGAUUUCUGUUCAGGUCAUGGCCAGUGUAACUGUGGGCGAUGUGACUGUAAAGAUGGAUGGACUGGAAGGAAGUGCGAACACCCACGGUCCUGCUCACUUUCACUAGAGGAGAGCAAGCGAAAGUGCCAGGGAAGCUCCAGUCAGCCAUGCUCGGGACGCGGAAAAUGUGAAUGUGGAGUGUGCACGUGUUUCCCUCCAGGAGAUAACAGAGUGUACGGAAAGAACUGCGAAUGCGAUGAUCGGCAGUGUGAAGAUCUAGCAGGCAUAGUCUGCGGAGAACAUGGCAACUGUUCUUGCGGUCGAUGCAUUUGUGAGGCCGGAUGGUUUGGGAAGCUUUGCCAACAUGAAAGAAAAUGCAUUAUGACAGAAGAAGAAAGCAAGAGCCAGUGCGAAUCAGCUGAUGGUGUGUUGUGUUCUGGAAAAGGUUCUUGUCACUGUGGAAAGUGUGUCUGUUCACCGCAGGACUGGUAUGUUUCUGGUGAAUUCUGUGAAUGUGAUGACAGAGAGUGUGACAAACAUGACGGCCUCAUUUGUACAGGCAAUGGGAUAUGUAGCUGCGGGAACUGUGAAUGCUGGGAAGGAUGGAACGGCAAUGCCUGUGAAAUAUGGAUGGGAAGUGAAAAUCCUUAAAAGCAACACAGAAAGAAAAAUUGCUAAAGACUGGGUUCUAUUCUUUCUUCUUUUUACUAUAGGCUGCUAGAGAACAUAAACAAAGACAGAGUAUAAUCACCAACACAAAGUCUGCUUAAACAGACCUUUCCAAGUCUGUAUGUUUUAUUUCCCCCAAUUAUUAUUUUACAGAGUGAAUCAAAUUUUGAGAAGCCACAUGCCAUUAUAUUUCUUUACAGUCUGUAAGUGAUAUAGUAAAGUUACCGGGCUUUCUUGUACAGUUUACACAGCGGUCAGGACUUCAUAAAAUGUUACAACCGAAAAAUUCAUAGGCUGUAAUGCAAAGGCAUUUUAAAGUGGCACUGUUACUUGAAAAUAGAUUUCCAUGAUUAGUUUAAAUUAAUAAGGCAAAUAGAGUAAUGUUAUUUAAUGUAAUCUAGUUACAAUAAACUUAGCUGGAAUUAACUUGUAAAGAUCUUGUAGUGUUGUAUGGAGGCGGCCAUUUUGAAAAUGUAUUACAAUUUGUAAACCUUCAGUGAUAGUUACAAGGGAGCAGAGAGGAUCAGUAGCCAAUCAAAUUAUGUAUUUGCAGAGUAUCUCCCAUUUUUGCAGCAAACACUAAAGGGUUCUUUUAACUGAUUCUCUGUGAAAGGAACACUAUAGUCACCUAAAUUACUUUAGCUAAAUAAAGCAGUUUUAGUGUAUAGAUCAUUCCCCUGCAAUUUCACUGCUCAAUUCACUGUCAUUUAGGAGUUAAAUCACUUUGUUUGUUUGUGCAGCCCUAGCCACACCUCCCCUGGCUAUGAUUGACA